GUUGAGAGCGCGUUUGGAGUGAGGUUACCUGGACCCGGGAUUCAUGACGGCCAGAUCGAGAGACUUCGACAUCUUCUCUGUCUGUAGCCGACGCACUUAUCCUCCGUUUUGCCAUCAACCCCUCCUUUGGCGCUUCUCCCCGCUGACGAUCGCCGCCGGAACACUAAUCGCGCACUGCUGCCUCUUCUUCUCUCAGCAUCCUUUCUGCCGGCCUCGCCAGCGUCGGCGUCGCCACCCCAAAAUAAAACUAGGGUUGUUUCACUUUUUGGCGCUUGUCUCCCAAACCCUCGAUUCGUGUACCGUUCGCUCUCCCUUUAAUCGCAAAAGAAAGAUCUCGAUCGGUGCCCCUUGCCAUGCCUCGAUACUACUGCGAUUAUUGCGACACUUACCUCACGCACGAUUCACCAUCUGUCAGAAAACAACACAAUGCUGGCUACAAACACAAGGCAAAUGUGCGUUCGUAUUAUCAACAAUUUGAGGAGCAACAAACUCAGAGUUUAAUUGAUCAAAGAAUUAAAGAGCAUCUUGGGCAGGCUGCAGCAUUCCAACAAGUGGGUGCAACUUUUAACCAACACCUGAUGUCUCUCCCAGGAACUCCUCAGAGGCCCCGUCUUCCUGUAUUAACCCCACCUAUCUUGCCUAUUGGAGCAACUUCUCAGGCACCGAUGACCUCACUACCAGGAGUUAGGCCUCCUAUUUUGCCACGCCCAGUUGUGGGUUAUGGUGUUGCCCCAAAUGUUCCAGCUGUUUUUCCAACUGGUGUACCACCUGGUGCAACUUCUCUGCCAAUGCAAAUGAACAACUUUCCUAGGCCUCCUACGUUGCCACCUCCAGCUUCAGGUGCUGCAGCGAUCCCCAUCUCAAAUGGUGCUGCCCCUCUGAUCAAUCCUGCUAUGUAUCAAGCCAAUCUAUCAUCAGCUACAAAUGCAAGCUUCACACCUACUGGUGUACCUACUGCCCCUGCUACUGCUACUGCUACUGCCUCGCAGGAUGGUUUUUCUUAUGCUCCAACCUCUGAGACCAGCCACUAGUUCUCCACAUGAGCCUUUUGGUACAACCGUUCUGUUCUGUGUUCUGUGGGUUUGUGUUACAGGAUAUUUUUGUUCUGGUAAUUGCUUCACCUCUGCAGUAACUGUCAUUAUAAUUUCCAGCUGCAUAUAUGCAGUCAGAAUUUAUACCCUUAGAUUUGUAUAUCAAGGUAGGCUUGGGAGAGAGGUGGUUGCAGGUAAUCUAAGUUGGUCUACUGUCCAAACUGAAGUUGAAUGUGGAGUUGCUGUGCAACUACUCUGUCACUUGGUAUUAGGUGCUUUUGUUCUUUGACUUCAGUUUUAGAUUAAUGAAGAAAACUUUUAUUAGUUCUGCUGCAGAAAGACUCUCAAUGGACUGACUGUUUUGAUGAUGCAAUGAAGACUUUUUUUUUUG